AAAGUCCUCCAGUCAUUAAAACCGUAAAUUCGGGAUUUCUACAACAUGAAAGAGAACCUAUUUACCAUGGUAAAAAAGAUACUGUUAGUUCUUCUCUUCGCAGUCAAAGAAAACGUAAACGACCUCUCUUUCAAAGUCAAGUGGCUUUGACAAAAGAUCCGAAGAAGUUGAGUAAAAAAAAUAAUAAAAGAGGGAAGUUGCAAGUGAGUAAAAAAAAUAAUGAAAGAGGAAAGUUGCAAGUGAGUAAAAAAAAUAAUGAAAAAGAGAAGUUGCAA